AUGGCUGACAACCAACGGCCUAUAGGCCUGCUGUUCGACAUCGGAGGAGUGUGUGUCGUUUCUCCCUUUCAGGCUAUUCUGGACUAUGAGCUGGCCCACAACAUUCCCCCAGGAUGGGUAAACUUCAGCAUCUCUCGUACGUCGCCGAACGGCAGUUGGCACAGACUCGAGCGCGGGGAGAUCAAGAUGGAUGCCGGCUUCUUCACGGAGUUCAAUAAGGAUCUACGAAACCCCGACCUGUGGAAGGCUUUCCAUGAGAGACUUCAGAAACAGCGCCCGGAUAGUGCGCCAACAUCGGUUCCUCCAUUACCCGCCCUGGACGCGGAGUUCCUCUUCUGGGAGAUGAUGAGGGUGUCUAGGACACCGGAUCCUUACAUGUUUCCUGCUCUGAAGAAACUGAAGCAGUCAGGACAGUUCAUCAUGGGGGCUCUGUCUAACACAGUCAUCUUUCCCGAUGGACAUCCCUACAACACAGACAUUGAUGAUAAGAAGUCGCAAUUUGACUUCUUUAUCUCAUCUGCGCAUACGGGUCUCAGGAAACCAGAUGGGAAAAUAUAUCAGGUUGCGCUGCAAGAGAUGGAAAAUGUAGCAAGAAAGAAGGGCCUAGGUGGAAUUCGCCCGUCUGACAUUGUGUUCCUCGAUGACAUUGGAGAGAACCUCAAGGGCGCAAAGAAAGCUGGCAUGCGAACCCUGAAGGUUAAUUUGGGGCGGACCCAGGAUGCUGUCAAGGAGUUGGAGAAGAUGACGGAUGUGAGAAUUCUCCCAAUAAAAGAUGCUGAAAGAGAAGAGGUGGUUUUGGUGGUUGGUAGUGGUGGUGGUACAUACUUCGGUCCUUCAGCCGCUCGUGGCCAACCGCAGUCUGGCGCCGGGAUGCAGCCACGCUAA